AUGUCAUCUACUUAUGCUGAUCCAAAAAGUUUUUACAAGUAAGGCAACGAAUGUAUUAUUCAAAAUAGAUCUGUUUAAGAUGGGUGGCUAUAAGGAAUAGAUUAGAAUGAGUACUUUAAUUAUUUGUAUAAUGCUUUGUACAUAAUCAAAAAGUAGAAACUUGUAGAUUAACAAAGUUAAUAAUCUUAAUACAAUUAGUACGUUAUUAGCGAAAUUGAGCGCGUAAAACAAAAAAAAUAUAGCAAUGAAGAGUUAAAACAGCUAACUACUUCUUUUAACUAAAACAAUUCUCAUUUAGAAGUUUAGUUGAUGAAACCAAAAAAAAUGUUUGAAAUGGAAAAGAUUGGUAAAAAAUCAGGUAGCGUUGUUAGAAGGCUUAUUUUUUUUGAAAAUGAUAAAUUAUAUUAACUUAAAAAUAAUGAAACAACAAAACCUAUUAAGCGUCUUUUAGAGUUUCCCAAAUCAUUUAUUCUCCAAUCAUUGGAUCAGUAUGAAAAUUUGAGUGCCAAAGAAAAAGCUAAUUAAGUAGCUUGGACAAAAGGAGUUAAUAAAAAAAUGGCAAGAAUGUUAAUGUCACUGCAAUCAAGACCAAAAGGAAUUAUAGUUUAUUUUGAUUUGUAUGAAGAUGGUAUUAUGCUAAGGGAUUUUUUGAUCUCAAUGAAAGUUAAAUAGUAAUUCGAUAGAUUUAAGAUAUGUCUAUAGAAAGUUUCUUAGUAAAUAUGUAGAACAACUGCAGAAAAAUUCAGAUAAUGUUUGUAGAAAUCAAUUUAGAUUAACACACAAUAAAAUUAAAAAGUACUUAUCCAAAAAAAUAGAUUUUUAAACUAUUUUGAUAGUAUCAUCUUAAAAAAGUUUACAAAUUAGAUUAGAGAUAAAGCUUAUCAUAAGAAAUAAAAAGAAUAAAUUUAUCAAUCAUAAAUUUAAUAAGCUUAAAUUUAGUAGUCAUAAAUAUAAUCGACAUAAAUGUAGCAAUCAGUAGCAUAAUCAACUAAAAAAGGCUAAGAAUAUGAAUCCAACAUACAUACAAUAUAAUAAUCUCCUUCGGUGAGAGAACCAGCAAACCCAAUUUAUUAUAAACAAUACACAAAUAAUAGCUUUUAGGAGAGUAACAAAAAAUAAAAAUUAGAUUAAAUAGGGAGAAUAAACCUACUUCAAAACACUAAAGAAUUGGAAAACUAUGACUCUUACUUCAUAAAUAAUUUUAUCUAUUAAUGGAGAAUUUUAGCUCAAGAAAAAUAACAAAAUAUUUAAAAGUAAAAAAAAGAAAUCCAUUUAACUCUGAAGUAAAUUGAAAUAGACUAAAAUUUAAAUUUUAUUAAGCCACUUUUAGUUAUAAAAUUAAAAAAGAAUACUGAUGAUGAAUAGCUUAGAAUUAUUAAUGGAAUGUGGUAAGCUACUUAAGGCGAUGGAGAAUAUUUUAACAUCCAAUUGUAAUGUAAGAUCAAAUCUAGAUCUGAUUAAUCUUAAAUUGUUUGGACUUUUUAAAAUGAUGAUUUAGAAUAACAGUAGUUGGCUUCUAAAUAAUUAUUUUAAAAUAGAUUUAACUCUUAAGUGAACUCUAGUGAUAAUAGUUAAAGCGAAAUAAAACUUAUAUUAGAAGAAUAUUAACCUUCAGAUAGUAUUUAAAUAGAGCUCAGAGAUUAAGGAGUGAAUAAUCAAGAAAAGGCUUACAUUACAAAAUAAUUAAGUGAGUUAUACAGUGAUGAAGGAAUAGGAAAAGUAUUAUUUGUUGAUCUCGAUUUUAGAGAUACAACCUUUUAUUCUCAUUCAAGCAUUCCAAUAAUAUAAAUAGAGAGUUAUCUCUCCCCUUCAAUUUAUUCUACAUCUUAAAAUCUUAACGAUGAUAUUGAAGCAUAAAUUAAUAAGAAUAUGCCUAUUAUAGAUCCUCUGUAUGGAAACUUUGUUUAACUACCGAUUUUGACUAAAAAAGAUGUUAAAUCUAUGAAAAACGUGCUUAAUAAGCUCAACUUAUUAAAGAGUGAUUCACAUCGAGCAGUUACUAAAGAAAGUUAAUCAAAAGAAGCUGAGGAAAUGAUUAGUAUUAAAAAAAAUUUAAUCUAUUUUAUGUCUAAAAACAUAUGUAUCUCGAACUCUCUUCUAAAAAGAAACAUAGAGUUGGUAGUUUCCAUUGAAGAGGAGCUUUUGAAUAUAAAAGAAACAGCCCCUAAAAAUUUGUAGCUUUAGGGUCAUCUUUCAAUUCCACAACAUACUUCAAAAGAUGAUGAAAAGGAAGGAUAAACAUUGUUUUCUUUGCUCUAAUAAUAUUCUGAUAGAAAUGUCUUAAAGUUAGCAUCUCCUUAAACAUUAUAAAAAUUAGAAAAACUCUUUAAAGAAGGUUUACCUAACUAUUUAAGAUUAAACAUGUGGAUGAGUAUUUCGAGAAUAUAAGAAAUAAAAUUUCUUUACCAAAAAGGGAAUCAUGAUUUUUCUAAAAUAAAAUAAAUCUAUUCUAUCAAUCAAGAAGUAAAUCCUUUCACUUCGACUUACUAAAAAGAUAAGUUUUAGUAAGCAUCUCAAUACGAUUAAAUUUUAAGAAAUUCAAUCGAAAACCUUGGAGUAAUUCAACAAGAAAUGAGAGAAAAUUUAAAGAACUACUUUUCAAAAGCAGUAUAAAGAACUUCUUCUCAACUUUCAUUCAAAUAAAUUGAUAAUAUUCUGAAUGCAUAUAUUUAUUGGAGUUCUAUAAUGAGCAAAUAAGAUUCUGCUGAUGCAUCAUCUGAUAAUUUUAUUGUCUAUUCUCCUAAUUUAAUCCCUAUUUGUGAUAAAUUGGGUUAAUUAGCUUUGUCAACUAAUUUUAAUUAGUAAGAAAACUAAGAAUCAGAAGCUAUUCAGUAGCAAAGAAUAGAAGAAGAUGUUUUUUGGACUUUAAUAUCUUUAGUGUAUUUUGUACUUCCAAGAUAUUAUUUAUUUCAACCUAUAAACUAACAAAACGUACCUGGAAUUAAAGAUACUUGCACUAACAAAUAAUAUAUGCCUAAAAUGUAUACACCACAGCUUUCCAGUAAGAUGAUUGGAAUCAAAUCUGAUAUGACACUCCUUAAAGUUCUCUUAAGAGAUUUGAAUUUAGAUUUGCUCAAGCACCUAAAUUUAAUUGGGCUACCUGUAGAAUAUUAUUUUUACAAUCAUUUUUUGAGUGCAUUUUGUGACCUUUUCCAUCCUGAGACUGUUUACAGAAUUUGGGACAUUUUGUAUUAUGAAGCUUCACUUGGUUCUGAAGGUCAUUAAUCUUAUAUUAUCAUUAGUAUUGCUUAUAAUCUACUAGAAUCAGCUUAAUAUGAUUUAUUUUUAUGUAGAAAUCCAGAACAGGCAGAAUAAGUUUUGAACUUUUAUGCAUAUUUUGCUCUAGUACCUAACUUAUUCAUAGAAAAUGUACUAAAUUUAUAACAAAAGAUUAUAUAAAAACAUAGCAUUUACAUGAAUAUUAUAGUAAAUUUUGAAGAUGAAUUAAUAAUUUAUUAUAAAAAUUAAUUGAUAAAAAACUGCUUACUGAACGAUUUAACUCACGCAAAAAAUAAAUUUGCUUCAUGUGAACCUGUAAAACUUUCUGAACUUAAAUAAAUUAUUUAGAGUAUUUAUGAAGUAAAUGGACCUAAAAGAAAGAAGGGAACCCUUAUUCAAGCUAAGAUUAAGCAAAGAGACAGCUUAGAAAUACCUGAUUAAUUUGAUGAAAUAGACUAUAAUAGAUAUCGUCUUAAAGAUAAUACAAAUUUAUAAAAUAAAACAAUUGCUGCAAAGCUAUAUAAUCCUUACUACAAUACAAGUGGUAUACAAUUGCCUACAUCUAAGGCCCCUUCGAAUAAUUCUAGCAUGCAUAAUAUUUCUAACUAUAACAGUGCAUUCAACCAAAAUAAUCAUCAUUCUAUCUAUCAAAAUAACUAACUUCAAUCAUAUUUAGAAUUCGGUUCAACAAGGAUUUAAAGCAAUUCUCCUUUUCCUUCUUCAAAACCAAGUGCUCUAAAGUAGAUUUAAAUUUAAAAAUUCUUUAUAUAUCUCCAUCAAUUAAGAUUGUUUUGGUCUGAUUGCUCAGAAAUUCAAUUAGAAUUAGUGUAUACAGAGGAUUAAAAGUAAGAAUUUAAAAUUAUUGUUGAUACUAGUGUGCCUCUUAGCUGCUUCUUCCCAUUUAUAUAUAUAGAAGGCUAUGAUAGAUUAAAUUUGUAUAUUUACUAAGAUGACUCUGCUAGCAAAAGUAUAGUUUUAUUAAAUGAAAGAGUACCUAUUUUAGAAGCAACGAUUGACCUUUCUAAAUUUAUAAACGAUUAUGUCAUAAAAACAUCGUUUUACUUUAAAUAAAAUCCCAAUCAUCCUUAUAACAAUUUGUUUGAAACAGAUGAAACUUGUGUUGAAAUAGAUUUGUCUAUUUUAUUACUUUCAGAUAGGCUUAAAAACUAAUUGUAUUAAAACUAUGUUUCAAAUGAACCAAAUAACUCAGCUGUAGCAGCUUUGCAGUAAAUUCAAGGUGAAUAUGAAUAUCCCUCUAAUCACAUUAAUCAUUUCAUUUUAUAUGGGGAAUCUUCUCUUGGUAUUGAUUACAGAGUUCUCCUAAACCUUUUUUAGCAAGAUAUCUCAGAUACACCUUUCUCUGGCUAGAUAUCUAAUUCUGUUAUAGAUCCUUCAUAUAAACAAGCAUGGAAAAUAAAUUCAACCAUAAAAUUUGAAGAGCUUAAAGAGUUGAUAGAUAAGUCUUCUAAAUUCUUUGGCUAAUCAAACAGCUUGUUCAUAAAUACUAAUUUACUGAGGGCUUUUUAUAAUAGUUACUUCUAAAUCAGCAACAAACAUUUUUCUUUAUGUGAAGCUCUACUAGAUAUGACUAUAUUUUGCAAUAGCACAUUACUUGAAAAGCUUGAUUUGAUUUUUGAUUUAUUAAUUUGCUUUGAAGGUGUAAAAAAAAAUGAAGAAUCAAUUGGUUUAAAUUCAGUUAUGGAAUUUGUUAAACAUAUAUAUGACUCAUAUUUAAUUUACUUACCUGAUAAUUAAAUUUAUGAUAUGGUAGAAUAUGUAAUGACAGGGUAAAUAAGUACAAUAGUUAAAGCUUAACUUUUGGUAAAAGAUUCUUAGUUGAAUAUCGAUAUAACUGAUGAGCUCAUAUUCUUGAUGAAUGUUAAGAAUUUACAAAUAAAAAGUAAAGAUUUUAUAUUAGGAGAUUCGGACAACUUGAGAAUUUUAUAGUCACUAGUCAAUCAUAGAUUGCAAGCGCUUUUAAGCAACACUUAGUAUUCUCAAUUUUUAAUUUAGAUAAAUUACCGCUCUGAGGGUACACUUCAUGUUUAUAGUUGUCUACUAGAAAAAGAUUGGUCUCUUUCAAAACGUUAGACCUUUGACGAACUAUCUGAAAUGGUUAUAAGAAAUAACCCAGGGUAUAAGCCACUAUAAACUGUUAUGAGAGAGAAUUAAAAUUUACUAAGUAUAAAUGUUUCCAAAACUUAAAUUAAAAAAGAGACAUUUAUAAAUGGAAUACUGAAGUUGCCAGUGAUACAUCACUUAAUUAAUUAUCAAAAUUCUAUUUUUAAUAAAGCAAAUUAAAUUCAAAGUUUGAAUUUGCAAGAUUUUUCAAUUCCAUAAUAAUUAAAUGGUUAUUUUUAGCAGAUUUAGAUCGUUUUUAAGGUAAUGAAAAAUAAUGAAGAAGAACUACUCAAAAUAAAGUUUAUCGAUAAUAGACGAGAGAGUACUGAGAGAUAUACUGCUGAAUCCAAUUAUUAUAGUUAUACACCAAGGAGCAAUUUAGACUAAUAUCCAAAUAUUUUAAAGUCUUACAUCCCAGAGCAAAAAGACUUUAGAUAUAAAGAUAUCCUGAUUCUAACAAAAUAAAAUUUGUUCUUUGAAAUAAAGAAUAAGUAAAGAAUUUAAAAAGAACUAAGAAUUCAUAAUAGGUAAAGAACUUUAAGUUAAAGUUAAUAUGUUAAUAAAACAGUUUUAUACCUCCAUGCUAACCCAUUUGAUACUUUAGAAGAGAUCUUACUAAAUAUAGAAAUCUUGAUAUUAAAAGAAAUUUCUAAUUAAUUAGAUGCUGGGUAUUGCAGCUUAAAGUGUCUUGAUAUAGAAAAUACAAACAUUGAGCUUUACCUAAACGAAGGAAAUAUUAUGAAUCUGUUAGAUUAAUCUUUAUUCAAAAUAGCACAUUAGCUUCCAUAGCAAGAAUACAUAUAUAACAUAAUAUACACCUACGAUGAUUGUUAUAAAUUGUAAAAAUAAAAAGGAGUAUUAAAUAUGCCUUAAAAUUAUAUUAAAAAAAUUGACAAUAACUUCAAUUAACUAUGCAAAUAAUAUUAUACUGAAUUUUUAAGCGAAUAUGUUCCAUGUAAAAUAAUAAAAAAAGUUAAAAGCUAAAAAAGUAAUGAUAAAAAAAUAAAAUAUUAUAUGGUAGCACUUAAAAGUAAUCCACAAGGUUUUGCUCUUAAAAAACCAAAAGAUGUACUUAUUGUAGACAAGUCGGCCAUAGAGUUUAUGCCUUUAACGACACUCGAAUCGCUAUAUCCUUAAUGA